AUGCGUACACCUUCAAUUGCGCUCUUCGCAGCGUCUGCGCUUGCGCAGUCUCAAUACGGCGAGAACCAUGUCAAUGUAAACCUUGACUCGCAGCUUGUGGAGCAGACAGCUUUCCCGUCGCCAGAUGUGACCCUUCUGAGUCCCGCGUUCCUGCCAAACGCCUCGUUUGAUCCGGGUUGGUCAGAGGGAACUGAAGGCGCGACAUCGCAAUACAAAUUAGAGGAAUUCAUCAGCAAGCUUGCAGCGAAGAAUCCUUCAUGGAUGACCUACGACGUGGCUGACUUCCUGAGCGAAGAAGGCAAGACUUUCCCGUACGCCCACCUCUCUACCUCCGUAUCGAACACAUCCUCUGGGUACACUACCUCUGGUAAAUUGCGAGUAUGGAUUCAAGGAUCAGUUCACGGGAACGAACCCGCUGGCGACGAAGCCACUCUGGCUCUUCUCGGUGCGAUGGAUGCCGACCCGACGUGGGCCGCCAGCUUCCUUGAGAAGAUGGACAUUAUUGUGCUGCCGCGUUACAAUCCAGACGGGAAUGCCUACUUCCAGCGCACCUUGGCUACAAACUUCGACCCAAACCGCGACCACACCAAGCUUGCUCGACAGCAGACUCGCGACAUCAAGCAAUGGUUCAGCAGCUUCUCACCACACAUCGCUAUUGACAUGCAUGAGUAUGGGGCUGGAACGCGAUACUCUGGCAACUACAGUAACGCGGCCGAUGGGAUGUACAGCGCAGCAAAGAACCUCAACAUCCAUCCAUCCAUUCGCACGCUCGCCGAGACCGUCUUUGCGCCCGCAAUCAACGCGUCUCUCCUCUCCCGAGGUCUGCGCGGAGAGCCAUACGUGACGGCGUCGCGGACGAACCCGACUCCACGCUUGGACGAGGCGGGAACUGAUGCAAAGAUCGGCCGCAACGCCAUGGGACUCACACAAUGCGUUACGUUUCUCUUUGAGACGCGAGGUAUCGGCAUCGCAAGCCAGGAGUUCAAACGCCGAACUGUCGCUGGCUUGCAGAUGAUCCUCGGUGUGCUUGAGACUGCUCGAGAUGAAGCUGCGGACGUGAAGAAGACAAUCGAGGGUGCUAUUGCAGAGGUUGUCGAGAGCAAAGAGGAGAUAGUCAUCACAGACUUCACAACCUACUCGAACCGCACCUAUACUAUGGUUGAUCGUCGGACCGGCGAGGUGGUUCAACUCCCAAUCGAAUUUUCCAGCACCACGCCCGCAACUGCCAACAUGACUCGCGCUCGGCCCGAAGGGUACAUAAUCCCCCGCGCGUGGGCUGACCUUGCCGAGCGUCUCAGGGUCUCAGGACUGGAGAUCGAAACUAUGCCCGAGGUUUUCCAUGGAGAGGUCGAGGCAUACAACAUUACCUCUUCUAGCCUCGGCUCGUCAUACUAUGAAGGCGCCAUCUUGAACACUGUUACUACGGAAACACUCGUUCAAGAUGUCACGCUGCCUGCUGGCAGCUUCUUCGUAAGCAGUGCACAAAAGAACGCAGGAGUAGCUUUUGUCGCGCUAGAGCCUGAGAACAUCGACUCAUAUGUCUCAUUUGGCAUUGUUCCUAUGGAGGUCGGCGACGUCUAUCCGGUCUUCCGUCAGAUGUAG